AUGAAGUUCACAUUUUUCUCUCUCCCCCCCAGUGAAAAAUUCAUUCAUAUUUUUUUUUCUAUCAAAACGAUUUUUAUUGACAUAAAAUAAUUAUGUUGGAUGUAAACAAAUAAAUCUCAAAAGUUAUUUUUUUUCUCAUUUAUUGUGAGUGAUUUCAAGGGGAGGUGGGGGAAAUGAAGAAAAAAAUUUUACACUAAUUUUUUAUAGAAAUUCAAAGGCUGACUCAUCAAAAAAAAAGAUUUUUUUUUUCAAAAUUUCGAAAAUAACAACAUGAAAAUUAAUAGAGAAAAAUUGAAUAUCAUAAUUUUGAGUUGGGGAUAUGUCUCAGUUUCUGGAAUUCAAUCAGAGUUUUACAAUCAUGAAUUCAAUGACGAGAGAUUAGGAUUAAUUUUUCAUGUUGCUCUUGUGCUAUGCAUUUUAUUGGCACCAUUGUAUGUGACAUUGGCAGGAACAAGAAUUUCAAUUCUCACCAGUUAUGCGUGUCAUAUAUUUUUUGUCAGCACAUAUCUUUGGGCAAAAACAAAAUUAUUAUUAAUAUCGUCAGCAGUUCUUGGUUUGGGAACAGCGCUUGGUUACGUUGCACAAGGAAAAUGUCUUGUUGAAAAUAAAAAUAGUGAAAAAAUUAAUAUUUAUAUAUCUAAUUUUUGGUUUAAUAUUGAAAUAUUUCUUUUUGCAUAUAAUUUUGAUUUUUUUGAUUUAAUUAAAAUGAAGUAUUUUCAAAAUAUUUCCAAAUCAACGAUUAAUGGAAUUAAUAUUUUUUUUAUGAUUUUUAGUUUUAGUUUCUUUUUUUUAAUUAAAGAUGAAGAAACAAAUGAAUAUAAAUCGGGUGGUGUCGAAUGUAUUCCAAAUAAUGGAAAAUUUAAUGAAUCUGAACAGACACAAAAUAAGGGACCAUUUUUUAAUAUUCGAAAUUUAUUAAAGACAAUGCUUCAUCUUUUAAUUAGUUGGAAAAUGUUAUUAAUUUGUUUUAUUGCCGCAUUUACGGGACAAUUGUCAAAUACAGUGUUUGAUGUUAGUUAUGAUUUUCCAAUGUCAGUGAGAUAUGGAGAAAUAUGCGGUGUUUUAUUUUAUAGCUUUUGUAUAUACAAGAAAAGUGAUUCAUUGAAUAUUACCUAUGUGGGAUAUAUAAUUUUAUCUAUCUUCGUUUACAUUGGUUCCAUAUUGAGAGAAAUCAGUUUAAACAAUGAACCUGUGAAUGUAAACAAAUUCAAUGAGAUUGGCAUAUAUUAUAACAAUUUUCUAUGGAUCAUGGAAGCAUUUUCAUUUGGAUUUGCAAAUAUUUGCUUUCACACACAAAUUUAUUAUCUCGUCGGUAUAUUAUUUCCAAAAAUUUGUACAUCAGCGUUUAGUCUUGUUGGAUUGUAUUAUUUUUUCUUUGGAAAAAUUUGUCAUCAUUAUGAUUGGUUUAUAUGGAGGUCAAAAAAAGUUUUACUUUGUUUUGGAAUAUUUGCCCUUAUUGCUAUUGCAAUUAUUCAAUAUUUUUAUGUGAAAAAAUUAUCAAAUUCAGAUAAAAAUAAGAAAAUAUUGAAAAUUGAAAAUUCAGAAUUGAAAAUUGUUAAAACAUCAAAAACAAUAUCGUCGGAAAUUAAAAAUUCCUAUGACGCUGCAUUUAACAAUAAUAAUACGGAAGAAUUAUCGAAUAUUAAAGUUGAAAAUACAAAUGAAAUUAGUAAAAAUAGUAACGAAGAUAAUUUAAAUUAAGUACAUUUUCUUUUUUUAUUAAAAAAAAAAAAAAAAAAGUAAAAAAAAAAAUAAAUUUUCUUUCUCCACUAAUAAUGGAGAGUAGAAAUUUUGACUGAAAAUAAUAUCAGAAACUUUUGGUUUUUAAAAAACUUUUUUACAUAAAUGAAUUCAAAACAAUGUACAAAAAUUAUCUUCCAAGAAAUUUGAAAAAAGUCUCACAAAAAUUUGAGAAAUUCUUUUCUUCCAAAAGGCAAAACAUUUUUCAUAAUUUCAAUUGAUAAAAAAAAAAAAAAAAAUUAUAAGUGACAAUAGAAUAAAAAAAAUAUAGUUUUUUAAAUUUGAUGCUCAAAGUUUUUUUUUUAAAUAUAUUUUUUUAAAAAUAAUUUUAUAUUAUAAUCACAAUUUUCAGAGAAAUUUUUAAUAUAAUAUACAAAAACCGAGUGUUUUAAUUUUUUUAAACGUAUAUAACGCAAUUAUCAAAAUUUCGAUAUAAAA